UUGAUUUAGGUUAUGUUUCAAUGUCAGAAUUAAUACAACAUAAAAUAUAUUAUGAGUGAAACAAGUACAGAGCAUGGAAGUUCUCUUAAUGUUAAUUAUUAUACCAAUAGUACAAGGUGCUGUUAAUUAUCAACAAAAUUUAAACAUAUCUGAAACAAACUGGAAAAUAGAAUUGGUAUUGGCGCACGAAAAUUGUAACAAGUUUUACAUAUAUUAUGAUGGAAAACCUUUAGAGGUGUUAUGUCCUAAAGGUCUUUAUUUUAAUAUAAAAUAUUUGCAAUGUGAUUGGAAACAUAAUGUGAAUUGUGAUGGACGUAGUACUCCAGAAAGUGAUGAUCCAAGUGAUGAUGUAAUAACAAAUAAUGCAGAAUCGGAAAUUGAUGAUGUCGAAAAUGAAGACAUAGACGCUGACAGUGAUAACGAAAUUGUUAAUACGGAUUUGGAUUUCUUCGAGAAUGGAUGUCCUAUGAAUCCAUUGAUACGUUGGUUGUUACCUCAUGAGGAAAAUUGUAAUCAAUACUACACUUGUUUUAUGAGUAUCAAAGUUAAAAGGCAAUGCCCACCAUUCCUGCAUUUUAAUAGAAAAUAUCAGGUAUGUGACUGGCCGAGAGCCGCCGGAUGCGCUUUAUGAAAUACGAAAGAAAGAAAAACAGCUAGCAGAUCAUAGGAUAUUAGAAAUCGUCA